GGAGAGGCAGCGCUGUCCCUCUAGGCGCUCCCUCGGCGGCUUCGGCUCCCUCAGCUUCCUCAGGGAGCGCAGACCCUGGUUUAUGCCCCAGCUCUGACCCCGCUAGAGACAUGUCGACCCCGGCCCGGCGGCGCCUCAUGAGGGACUUCAAGAGGUUACAAGAGGACCCUCCGGCCGGAGUGAGCGGGGCUCCAUCAGAGAACAACAUAAUGGUUUGGAACGCGGUCAUUUUUGGGCCCGAAGGGACCCCAUUUGAGGAUGGAACAUUUAAACUUACAAUUGAAUUUACUGAAGAAUAUCCGAAUAAGCCACCUACUGUUAGAUUUGUCUCUAAGAUGUUCCAUCCUAAUGUCUACGCAGAUGGUAGUAUAUGUCUGGAUAUACUUCAGAACCGUUGGAGUCCAACUUAUGAUGUGUCUUCCAUUUUAACAUCCAUACAGUCUCUAUUGGAUGAACCUAAUCCCAAUAGUCCAGCCAACAGCCAGGCUGCCCAGCUGUACCAGGAGAACAAGCGGGAAUAUGAAAAGCGUGUUUCUGCAAUAGUAGAACAAAGCUGGCGUGACUGUUGACUCAGGGUAGAACAAACGAAGAGGCUGGCCAUAAGAAAAAUGUAUAUUGAUGAAUUCAUCUGCUUCCUAUUCCUAAUUCAUUACAUUUACUUUAUUAAAAACAAAAUAGCUGUUGUGCUGUU